GCCCCCCUCUGUCUGCACCUGAUCCAGUCUUUCGCUUCCUGCAAAAUGACUGGCCAUAACACCAAGUGGAGAGUUGUCCGCUUCUUGAAACUGGUGUUAUUAGGUUUAUUGCUGAUAUUGCUCAUUUUACUUUUUGUGGGUGCAGUUAGGACCUUCACGUUAGAGGUGAAUGCGGGUCUUCAGCUCGCGCAAUGGGAGAAAACGGCCAACAUAUCAGCCCAUAUCAGUAAACAGGAGAGAGCGGUGCUGCUGGCGAACUUCAAAGAAGCUAUUCGGAUCCCUACUGUGUCAUUCUCUGGGUCUGAACAGAACACAAGCGCUCUGCGGGAGUUUGACCAGCUUCUGAGAAAAGUCUUCCCAACAGUCUUCUCAUCCAGCCUGGUUAAGCAUGAGGUGGUGGCUCACUACAGCCACCUGUUCACCGUGCUGGGGACUGAGCCGGAGCUGGUGCCCUACAUGCUGCUGGCGCACAUUGACGUGGUGCCAGCGAAUGAGGCGGACGGGUGGGAGGCCCCUCCCUUCUCCGCUAAAGAGCUGAAUGGGUUUAUUUACGGACGAGGGACCAUCGACAAUAAACAGUCUGUCAUGGGGAUCCUUCAGGCGCUGGAGUACUUGUUACAGCGAGGAUAUGUUCCACAGCGAGGGUUCUACAUCGGUUUGGGUCACGAUGAAGAGGUGAGCGGUAUUAAUGGGGCGGUGAAUAUAGUCAAAUUGCUGAAGAGCCGUGGAGUGAAACUGCAGUAUGUUCUAGAUGAAGGCCUGGCAGUGCUGGACGGAAUUAUAAAUGGACUGAAGGGGCCGGCAGCGCUGAUAGGUGUCAGUGAGAAGGGGUCAGCCACAGUGAAGCUGAGUGUCAGCAUGAAGCCAGGGCAUUCCUCUUUGCCCCCUAGAGAGAGCAGUAUUGGCAUCCUGGCAGCUGCAGUCACAAGGUUGGAGGAAUACCCAAUGCCCAGACUGUUUGGCUAUGGUCCUGAGCGAGCCACUUUUGAGCACCUGGCACAUAAGUUUGACCUGCCGCUCAGAUUCAUCAUGUCCAAUUUGUGGCUUUUCACCCCCUUGCUGAGCAGAGUAAUGGAGAGAAGACCUGCCAUGAACGCUUUUGUCCGGACUACUACAGCAGUCACCAUGUUUAACGCUGGUGUGAAGGUCAAUGUGCUUCCAUCACACGCUGAGGCCAUGGUGAAUCUGCGCAUCCAUUCUGCCCAAACACUGCAGGAGGUGGUGGAGCUGAUCGAGUCCACCAUAGCAGAUGAGCGUGUGAAGAUCGAGCUGGUGAGUGGGUUCGACCCUCUGCCCAUCAGCUCCUACACUGAGCAGUCCUUUGGGUUCCAGAUCAUUAAGAAGACAUUGCUGGACAUGUUUCCCCAGCUCACAGUGGCCCCGGGGAUUUGCGUUGGCAACACCGAUAGCCGUCAUUACACUGACCUCACCAAGGACAUUUACCGUUUCGCUCCAACCUGGUUUAAACCAGGCGACACAGAGAGGUUCCAUGGCAUCAAUGAGAGAAUGUCUCCUAAGAACUACGAGGAGCUUGUUGCGUUUUACUUUCAGCUCUUCCAGAACUGUGACAUCAGAAACUUGCCCACCCCUCACGAAAGCCAGCAUGAGCUGUGAGCCUUUUAGAGUUGUUUUAGAACCAGUUUCAGUACUUUUAAUUUCAAUCCUCAUUCAAAAUCAAUAAAAUAUUUGUGAUUUUUCUGCUGUUGAAUGUUCUACCCAGGAAUUAUAUAGAACACUGAAAGAGAUCAUAUUACUCAGGAAUGCUAUAGGAAAAGGAAUGAGGUAGUGGAAAGGUGUACUUUACAUUUUUACUAUGCACUUGCCCACAUGUAAGUACAAUCUAUUCCAGGCAUGUCAAACUGGGGAUGCUUCAGGCCAAAGUGCUGUGGAGAUUAGUGUGUUUGCUCAUCUCACGCUCUGAAUUAAGUUCAUGACAACCUUGGUUCUUAGCUAAUGAGCUCAAUCAGGUGUCUGUAAUGAGGCAACGUGCUGAUGUCUGCAGUGUUUUGGCCUGUGAGGACUGGAGCCUGACACCUGUGAUCUAUUGUGUUGCACCUUGCAAAUAAGGAGUCUGGCCUUGUCAGGAGUGAAACCUCUUGAAUGAUAUAGAAAAUUCAGAAUAUGUAGGAUAACACUAGUAGUCACUAGAAAUCUACUUUCUUGCAGAGUCUAGUUACAACCAAACUGCUCCAGCUAAUUCACGACUUCAGAAGUCCUUGAUUGGCAGGUUAGUGUUAAGUAAUUAAGGGGCAGCAUUUUAUCUCAUUUGAUCAGAACCAUUAGCCAACUGUGUUUGUACACAAAGGAAUUAGACAUCUACAUUUAACCCAUUUGUGCAGUGAAACACCCACAUAUAUGCACACUAGUGAACACACACUAGAGGGCAGUGAGCACACUUGCCAGGAGCGAUGGGCUGCCCUAUCCACUGCCUGGGGAACAGUUUGGUUAGGUGCCUUGCUCAAGGGCACCUCAGCCACAUACUGUCAGCCAAGGGGAUUGAACCAGCGAUCUUCUGGUCACGAGGCUGGUUCCCUUACCUCCAGCUCCUUUUUAGAUGCAGAUUGGAAAUGCGGGAAAAUCGAUCUCCAGGAGGAGGGCUGUUAACCACUGCAAGUAAAAUCAUGCAGAUGUCAUGUUUAGAGGCCUUUUUUUUUAUUUAAAAAAAAAAGGAGGAAGACCUUAGCACUAGUCCGGUUAUACUGGUGUCUCAUCUUCCUCUUGACAAUACCCUGUGGGCUAUGAUGUUUAGGUCAGGUGAGUUUGCUGGCCAAUCAAGCACAGUGAUACUGUGGUUAUUAAAGCAGGUUUGGGUACUUUUGGCAGUGUGGGCAGGUGCCAAGUCUUGCUGGAAAAUGAAAUCCACAUCUCCAUUAAGCUUGUCAGCAGAGGGAAGCAUGAAGUGCUCUAAAAUGUCCUGGUAGAUGGCUGCACUGACUUUGGACUUCAUAUAACACAGUGGACCAACACCAGCAGAUGACAUGGCUCCCCAAACCAUCACUGAUUGUGGAAACUUCACACAAAUGCAAAAUUUACUUUCAUCUGAAAACUGGACUUUGGACCACUGAGCAACAGUCCAGUCCUUUAUCUCCUUGGCCCAGGUAAGAUGCUUCUGACGUUGUCUCUGGGUCAUGAGUGGCUUGACGCAAGGAAAUGUGACAGUUGUAGCCCAUGUCCUGGAUACGUCUGUGUGUGGUGGCUCUUGAAGCACUGACUCCAGCAGCAGUCCACUCCUUGUGAAUCUCCCCCAAAUUCUUGAAUCGCCUUUCUUGACAAUCGGACAGAUUCUUUAGUAGUGACCUUUUGUGGCAUACCCUCAUUGUGGAGGGCUACAAUAACUGCCUUCUGGGCAACUAUCAGGUUAGCAGUCUUCCCCAUGAUUGUGUAGGCUACUGAACCAGACUGAGGGACCAUUUAAAGGCUUAGGAAACUUUUGCAGGUGUUUUGUGAUGAUUAGCUGAUUAGAGUGUGACAUCAUGAGUCUCCAAUAUUGAACUUUUUCACAAUAUUCUAAUUUUCUGAGAUACUGACUUGUGGAUCAAUCUGUGUGUAAUGAAUCUAAUACGAGUCUCACUUUUUGAAUGGAAUUACUGAAAUUAAUAAACUUUUCAAUGAUAUUCUAA